UCUCUCUCUCUCUUGUUGAAUACCAACACUUGCGAUUAUCAGUCACGGAGUUAAGCCACUGUGGUCGUGUUUGGGAAACCCCGUCACUUUCAGAUAAAUAUCUCCUGCGCCGACAAUGCCUGAAACUCGGUGAUCGAUAGAGGAGUUCGACUUAUUCCCCCCGCGCGAACCUGAGUUUUUGGAGAUCACGUACGUAAAGCGCGACCCGUCACCACUGCGACCAACGUCCACGGCGCAAACAUGAAGUUCGGCAAGCAGAUCCAGAAGCGGCAGCUCGAGGUGCCCGAGUACGCGGCGAGCUUCGUCAACUACAAGGCGCUGAAGAAGCUGAUCAAGAAGCUAUCCGCGACGCCGCUGCUGGCGUCGCAGAAUGACAUCCUGCAGAAUGAGCCGAUCGACUCGCAGGCGGCGCUGCAGGCCAACAAGGCCAAGUUCUUCUUCCAGCUCGAGCGCGAGCUCGAGAAGGUGAAUGCGUUUUACCUGCAGAAGGAAGCGGAGCUGAAGAUCCGUCUCAAGACGCUGUUGGAUAAGAAGAAGGUCAUGCAGAGCCGCAACCAGAACACGUCGAGGCGCUCGGCGAAAUUUACGACGCUUGAAGAAGGGUUCCAGCAGUUCGGGAAUGAUCUGAAUAAGCUGCAGCAGUUUGUGGAGAUCAAUGGCACGGCGUUCUCGAAGAUCCUGAAGAAGUGGGAUAAGACGAGCAAGUCGAAGACGAAGGAGCUGUACCUGUCCAGGGCGGUAGAGGUACAGCCGUUCUUCAAUAAGGCGGUUAUUAGCGAGUUGUCGGAUCAGGCGACGAUGAGCUUGCAGGAGCUGGGCGCGUGGUCUGAGGGUGAUAAUAUUACGAUUGAGCGUCAGACGGAGCAUGUUGUUAGCAGCCAUCUCGGGACGGAUGAGGGGGAUGCGGAUACAUUGCUGUUGGAUACGGUGAUCUCGGGGAACCUCGAGUCACUGAAGGAUCUCUUGUUAAGAUUGAAAUCGGCGAAUGAGGCGGAUUCGACGAGAGAUCUGAUGCUCACUGAGAGGAUAACGAGGACCUUCCUCGCGGCUAUUCAUGAGGCGCCAGCGCCUUCGUUGCAGAUUCUGCUGGACACGGGGCUGGUUGAUGUCCUUUCCGAAGACGAUAUCAACGAGAGGAAUUGCUUGCAUCAAGCGACGAUAUACGGCAACUCGUUCGUCCUCGAAGUUGGGCUGAGGAAAAAUGUGGCGGUCGACCGGACAGAUGUUUACGGACGAGUGCCAUUGCAUUAUGCGUCUAUGCAUGGGCGGUUAGAUAUGAUGGAAGCUUUACUUGUUGCGAAUCCCACGGCGAUUGAUCUCAUCGACCACGACAACUUCACACCUCUUAUACACGCGAUUAUACACGGGCAUCUCGAAUGCGUGGCUAUGCUACUUGUUCGUAACGCCAGGCUGGAUCCGUUGAAGGACAGUGACCAUGUUCCUCUCAACCUUGCCUGCGAGCAUGGAUCGAUUGGCAUAGUUGAACUGCUCCUGAGGCAUGGAGCGAAGUUAUUGCCAGAUGCCGAGGGACUAUACCCUCAGCAUCUCGUCGCGAGAUCGGGACAGACGCCGCAGUUAUUAUUAUUAUUACAAACAUUCGGCGCAAACCUCGAUCAAAUCGACAAGCUCUACUCUUGGACACCACUAUUCCACGCGGCUAGCGAAGGAAAUGUCCUUUCGAUGCAGACCCUUCUAGAUGUCGGAGUUCGUGCAGAUAUCCUGGACGAGAAAGACCUCAAUGCGAUGUAUUACGCAGCAUGGGAGGGAAAUUUGGAGUGCAUGAGACUGCUCUCAUCUAUUGCCAGACCUACCAGAGCCGCUUCGUCAACGCAACCUCAACUAGCACCGCAGUUGACCAGCUCGGCGCCAAUGCCGAUGAGCACUGAUAUCGAUGGCAUUCCCGACUUCUCCCUACCACCACCCAUCAUCCCACUCCGCCGAUACGGCCACAACUUCCUCGACACGAAGACAUUCGUGCAGAUUAGCUUCGACGAGGGCGACGAGAAGCCGAUGGUGUUCUUCCACGACAGCAAAUAUCCUGCUGCGCGUCUUACUAUCUCCUCCAAGCUCUCAGACCUCAUUCCAAAGAACAUCCUUCUACCAUUCCAGGAAGAUACCCGCCAUGUCUCCUUCCAAAUCGACAGCCUCGAGUCAUUCGCUGUCGAUUUCGACAUCUUCCCCACCUACGGCGCAAAGGUCAUCGCCAAGACCGUCGCCCUACCCAGCACAUUCAAAACCCUAUCCAGCAACUACGGCCGCUGCUGCCUCCCCCUCUUCGACCCGCGCCUCCGCGCCAUCGGCCAAAUCGCAUUCAACUUCCAAGUGAUCAAGCCCUUCUCCGGAAAGCCCCUAGAAAUCACCGACUUCGACACCUACUGGAAAGCAACCAGCCAAUUCGACCACACCCCCAACGCCUUCAUCACCGGCUCCAGCCUGUCAGGCGACUACAUCCAGCUCUUCGUCCAACACACCUCGGACGGCAUCCCCGUCCUCUGGCCCCGCUGGACACUCCCCUACAACGCCGUCGACCUCCCCAUCACCCGCCUCACCUACGCCGAGUUCCUGAAAUCGGGUCCCCGCAAUGACGCUGAUCUCGCGCGCCUCCCGACUAUGGGAUUGGAGCAAGUAGCGUCUAUCCACCAUGUCCUGGCGCGCACGGCUAUCUCGCUGGAAGAGGCGCUGAAUCUCCUUCCGAGCGGCCUGCAUGUUGAUAUCCAGGUCAUCUACCCCUCUAUCGAGGAGGAGGAAGCUCUGCAUCUGGGGCCGAUUGCUAAUAUCAACACCUUCGUCGACGCGAUCAUCACGGUCGUCUUCGAUCACGCGCAACGUCUUCGCUCGGAACCUCCGGCUGCGAUGCGCAGUAUUGUGUUCUCAGCGUACAACCCGGCCAUCUGCGCGGCGCUGAACUGGAAACAACCUAACUUCCCGGUGUUCUUGUGUAAUGAUCUCGGCCGCGAGGGCGCGCCGAUAGUGAGUGCGGAGGGGGGUGUUGAGAGGGAUGGGAGGCGCACGACGAGUGUGAAGGAGGCGGUGAAGAUUGCGAAGGAUAAUAAUCUUAUGGGACUGAUUUCGUGUAGUAGGCUUUUGGACAUGGUACCUUCGCUCAUCAACGCGAUUAAAUCCGAAGGCCUCGUGCUGGUGACAGACAAGUCGACGGAGCAGCAGGCGCCGCUGGAUCCGCUGAGCGAUCCGUUCCCGAGGCUGCCGGAGGGCAUCGAUGGCGUAUUGAAGGGGAAUGGCGUAUUAAGGUUUAAUGAGUCGAUUGAUGUGUAGAAUGCGUUGCUGGGGGCGUGUGGGG